AUGAGAAUUGGCGUGAUUGAGAAUUUGAGGGAGAUUCUGGUUGAUUUGUUGGACUGGUACAAGUAUGCGACUUUGAGGCAGCAGAACGCUACGAUGUUAUUUAGUGGCGGAUUCCUGGGCCUUAUCGCUGGCAGAAUACAGCGGAAACGGAGAAUAAAAUCCGGCGAGUUCAGCCAAGACUUUGAGCUCGUCGCCUACACAGUUGAAGAUGAAAAGGAAUUCGAAAAGAAUUGGAACAGACUGGCCAAAUUCGCACAAAAACAACCAGGAUACAAAUACACUAAGCUCUAUAAAGCCUCUUACCCUCAAAAGUCACCCAUACACUACUUUAAAUUGAGAUUAUGGCGUAAUAAGGAGGAUUUGGAGCGUUUCAGGGGUUUGGAGGAUUAUAAACUACUGAGGAAGAAGUUAGACGACAGCGCUAGUAAAGUACGAUUUGGAAGUACUAAAGUUAUCAUUGACGAUACCGUCAGAAGAGAAAUACCACUCGAACCUAAAAUCUUCACCUUGGAUCAUUUUACCUCCAAAUAA